GCAUGUGUCCGUGUCUCGCCGUCCCGGCUGUCCACCUCCUAUAAAACAUGGGCGCCGAGGCCACCCCAAGCCCAGCAAACACACCACCUCAUCUCAUCUCAUUCUCAGCUAGCUGCUGCAGAGAGAGAGACGUGUUAGCGACGACGCGGAUCGGAGGCAGCUGCAACCGGAGCAGGAGGAUUUCAAAAGUUGGGAGAUGGAAACCGUCGUGGGCGACCUCAUGGCCACCGAGCUCAGGCUCGGCCUCCCGGGAACCAUCGACGAGAUGAAGGCCGCGGCGCCGUCGACGCCUAGGGGAAAGAAGCGCACCACCACCGACGCCGUGGAGGACGCCGCCGCCAAGGAGGCCAGCAAGCGUGAUGCCGAGGCAGCACCUCCUGCAGCCAAGGCCCCCGUCGUAGGUUGGCCGCCGGUGAGGUCGUACCGGAAGAGCUGCUUCCAGGCGAGCAGCAAGCAGAGCAAGGCGACCAAGGAGGAGGCGGCGCCCAGCAGCAACGCCGCCGCGCCAUCCGCGGCCGCGAACACCACCACCACCGCCGGCGCCUUCGUCAAAGUGAGCAUGGACGGCGCGCCCUACCUGAGGAAGGUGGACCUGAGGAUGUACAAGGGCUACAGGGAGCUCCGGGAGGCCCUGGAGGCCAUGUUCGUCUCCUCCAACAGCGGCGGCGCCAACCUGUCCGAGUUCGCCGUCACCUACGAGGACAAGGACGGCGACCUGAUGCUCGUCGGCGACGUGCCAUUCGAGAUGUUCACUAGCACUUGCAAGAAGCUGAGGAUCAUGAAGAGAUCUGAAGCCACAGGCCUGGGAUCAGCGAGACAAUGAAGAUUGAUCAAUCUGAGGGCCAGACAGCUUGUCAUGAGCUUCUUGUUUCUUUCUAUUAUUUUUGUUCUUGUGGUUGGAUCCCCAAGCCAAAGGAUGAGCUUGGUGCAUCAAAGCGCUGACAUGGAUGUGAGCGGCUUUGGUUCUGUAAGACAUUUAGGUCUUUUAGCAGCACAAAGGAGAUGCUGAGACUGCUUCAGUUAACUCCCCAUGUGUUUGUACAAACGAAACACAGUUAUAUUGAUCGUUGGUUAUUACUUGAAAAAGUCA